AUGAAUAUUAAAUCAAUAUUUGGUUUGGUAUUUAUUGCGUUGGUGUGCACAUCGAUCAUUGCACACGCAGAGGAGGAGGAGAAGGUGGUCGGCGAUGUCAUUGGUAUCGAUCUGGGUACUACAUACUCCUGUGUCGGUAUCUUUAGAAAUGGUCACGUCGAGAUCAUCCCCAACGAUCAGGGCAACCGUAUCACACCAUCCUACGUCGCCUUCACCGAGACCGAGCGUCUCAUCGGUGAGGCUGCCAAGAACCAAGCCACACUCAACCCAGAGAACACCAUCUUUGAUAUCAAGCGUCUCAUUGGUAGAAAGUUCUCAGAUCAAGAGGUUCAGAGAGAUUUGAAGAUGUUGCCAUACAAGGUUAUCUCAAAGUCUGAUAAGCCACAUAUUGUUGUCAAGGUUAAGGGAGAGGACAAGACAUUCUCACCAGAGGAGAUCUCUGCCAUGAUCCUGACCAGAAUGAAGGAGAUUGCCGAGUCGCAUUUGGGCCGUCCAGUCAAGAACGCCGUCAUCACCUGUCCAGCCUACUUCAACGACGCCCAGCGUCAGGCCACCAAGGACGCCGGUGCCAUCGCCGGUCUCAACGUGCUCCGUGUCAUCAACGAGCCAACCGCAGCCGCCCUGGCCUACGGUUUCAGCGAGAAGGGUGCCGAGAAGAACAUCCUCGUGUACGAUCUCGGUGGUGGUACGUUCGAUGUCUCCAUCCUGACCAUUGACAACGGUGUGUUCGAGGUGUUGGCCACCAACGGAGACACUCACUUGGGAGGUGAGGACUUUGACCAGCGUGUGAUGAAGCACUUCCUCUCCGUCUUUGAGAAGAAGAACAAGAAGGACGCCAGCAAGGACAAGAAGUCCCUCCAGAAGCUGAGACGUGCCGCCGAGAACGCCAAGCGCGCUCUCUCCACCACCCAUCAGGCCCAGAUCGAGAUUGAGAACUUCUUUGACGGCAAGGACCUCAUCGAGACAUUGACCCGUGCCAAGUUCGAGGAGCUCAACAUGGAUCUCUUCAAGAAGACCCUCGAGCCAGUCAAGAAGGUGUUGGAGGACAGUGGACUCAAGAAGUCAGACAUCCACGAGAUCGUCCUGGUCGGAGGUUCCACCCGUAUCCCCAAGGUCCAGCAGUUGUUGAAGGACUUCUUCAACGGCAAGGAGCCAAACCGUGGUGUCCAUCCAGAUGAGGCCGUCGCCAACGGAGCUGCCGUCCAAGGAGGUGUCUUCUCCAAGCAAGAAGAGACCCGUGAUGUCGUCCUGCUCGAUGUUGCCCCACUGACCCUCGGUAUCGAGACCGUCGGAGGUGUCAUGACCCCACUGAUCAACAGAAACUCCAUCGUCCCAGCCAAGAAGUCUCAGGUCUUCUCCACCUACCAGGACAACCAAGACAAGGUCUUGAUCCAGGUGUUUGAGGGUGAGCGUUCAAUGACCAAGGACAACCAUCUGUUGGGCAAGUUCGAGCUGUCUGGCAUCCCACCCGCCCCACGUGGCGUUCCCCAGAUUGAGGUCAAGUUCGAGGUCGACGUCAACGGUAUCCUGCACGUGUCCGCCGAGGACAAGGGCUCUGGAAACAAGGAGUCGAUCACCAUCACCAACGACAAGGACCGUCUUACCAAGGAGGACAUUGAGCGUCUGGUCAAGGAGGCUGAGGAGGCCGCCGACGAGGACAAGGCCAUGAAGGAGAGAAUCGAGUCUCGCAACUCCCUGGAGAACUACGUCUACCAGAUCAAGAACACCAUUGGCGACAAUGAGAAGUUGGGCAGCAAGAUCAGCGGCGACGACAAGGAGGCCAUCGAGACCGCCAUCAAGGACGCCUUGGAGUGGAUCGAGGUCAACUCGAGCGCCAGCAAGGAGGAGUUUGAUGAGCAGUACAAGAUCCUCGAGAAGGUCGUCCAGCCCAUCUUCUCCAAGCUCUACCAAGAGGCCGGUCCAUCCGGUGCCGAUGGUGAGUCCUUCCAGAACCACGAUGAGCUCUAA